AUGGGCCGGAAAAAGGCGCUUCGUGCUUGUGCGGUUUUUUAUUGGAGGGCCGAGGCGGAGGCAGAAAAGACGUUGGACGGUCUUUUGUGGGGUGUUUUGCACGAAGCCCUGAAGCAAUGCCUGGAGUUCAUACCAACUGUCUUACCGGAACAAUGGGAGGAAUCUAUCAGAAGCGAUUGGCGAGUCCAGCUGCAGUUGCGAUUCUCUCGAAAGGACAUUCGUGCGGUUUUCAACGCUCUCUUGCACAAUAACGAGCUCUAUGAGAAAUACCGCCUCUGUUUUUUUAUUGAUGGCUUCGAUGAGUGCUUGGAAACGUGCCAGGAAGUCUACCAUGAUAUGGUGAAUUUGCUCCUAGGCUGGGUCGAUGUGGCCCCGCUUGAUCUGAAGAUCUGUGUUUCGUCCAGGAACUACGAAGUAUUCCGCUCUGCUUUCGAGGAUGAGAAGCGACUUCAGCUCCACGAACUGACUCGUUACGACAUUGAGAGUUUUGUCAUUCAUCGACUGAAAGGCUUCGAGAUAUGCAGUUAUGCCGGGUCAGCGGUCCAGGCCAAGUAG